AUGAACUUUACGACCGGCGCCAAAGCGUCCGAGCUGCUUUCGCUCGACCAUAUCAGGAGUCAAUUAAUUCGAUUAGAGGAUACCAUCAUCUUCUCGCUUAUCGAGCGCGCGCAAUUCGCUCGCAAUGCAAAAAUCUAUGAAAAAGGGGCAUUCAGAGAUAUCAUUGACUUUGAUGGCAGUUGGGUGGAAUGGUUCCUCUUGGAGACGGAGAUCUUUCAUGCCAAAGCGAGACGAUUCACCAGUCCCGAUGAAUUCCCCUUUACUCCACUCGAACGACUCCCUCAACCGGUCAUUCCCGUCAUGACCUUUCCUCGUCUCCUCUACCCUCCUGCGGCAUCCAAAGUGCGGGUGAACGAUCAGAUACUCAGGUUCUACUGUGGGGAGAUUGUACCUGGAAUCACGUCGGCUGCAGAUGAUGGCAACUACGGAAGCGCAGCGACACGGGAUGUAGAGGUAUUGCAAGCACUGUCAAGGCGUAUACAUUUCGGCAUGUUUGUGGCCGAGUCAAAGUUUCUCUCUGCACCACACGACUUCAUCCCUCAUAUCCUUUCAACUCCACCUAAUGGAGAUGCGCUCGCGGGACUCAUCACGAAACCAGAAGUCGAGGCCAAGCUCCUCGUCCGGCUGGGGAACAAGGCGAAGAUCUACGGGGGAGAGUUUGAUGCGGACGGAAAGAUCAUAGAGACUUCAGGGAUGGGCAAGAUUGACGUGCAAAAGAUCGUGGACAUGUACAGAGAUCAUGUGAUACCGUUGACAAAGGUGGUCGAGGUGGAGUAUCUCGUGCAUCGUCUGGACGACGUCCCUCAAAGUCAGAUCGACGCGUGGAUGCAGAGUAGACAUUAA